UUAAAAGUCAACAAGUCAUGCUAUGAAACGCGUGUCCGAAUAUAAACUUUUUUUUUCUCUCUGAACAAAAUGAUACCAAAUACACCCAUGAAGCGAAAGUCAAGUACACAUGCCUUGUCCCCACCUCCUUCGAAAAGAUCGCCUAUGCAUUCAUUUUCUCCUCCUUAUAUGGCCACAAGUCCACCUCACUCUCAACCACAAUAUGGUCGCCCUUUAACCACAGCAGCAGCAGCAGCAGCAGCUAUCAAACGAAGCAACAAUCCGACCAACCUGCCACCCCAACAGCCCACUUACAGCAGAAGGCAAAGCAAUAGCACUGCUCCUCCUUCCCGUCAAGGAUCUGUCGAGACAGAUCGUGAAGGCAGUACGAUGAUAGAUGACGAACCCAACAAAUCAGAAGAGAAAGAUGCAAAGGAUACAGCCAAAGACGCAGAAGCAGAAGCAGAAGAUGAUGAAAAAGAAGAUCUAAUUGUAGAUAUGGAUGCGCAUAUGGCAUUACAAAUGGAAAAGGCAAAAGAAGAUAUGAAGACACUAUUGGAAAACUUCUCAGAGGAUCAACUUCAACGGUAUGAAGGAUACCGUCGAUCUGCUUUAAAUCGAACCAAUGUGAAGAGAUUGGUCAGUCAGGUACUAAACCAGCAAUGCUCCCAAACAAUGGCAUUUGUUGUUGCAGGUUUCUCCAAAGUGUAUGUAGGUGAAAUUGUUGAAAAAGCCAAAGAAAUCAUGGAGGAAUGGGGUGAUGAUGGGGCUAUUCGACCAGAACAUUUGCGUGAAGCACACCGAAGAUAUAACAAAAAUCGAGUCACUUGCUCUUCUUUAGGAAGAAAACUGUAAUAUGAUGUGUGUCACAAAAAAGAGAGGUCUAUAAAAGGAGAUUUACAAACAACGGUUUGCUUUGGUAUUGUUGUUGUUGUUCGUUUGCUAUUUUGGCCAUUAUUUAAGGUUUUCUUUUCUUCUUCUUUAUUUCUUUUUCUUUUAUUCUGAGC